AUGGAAAACUGCGAAUUACCAAGCGAUCUGCUGAUUAACAUUUUGACCAGAUUGUCCGUAAGAUCUCUUAUGCGGUUGAAAUGUGUUUGUAAAUUUUUCUAUAAUUUAAUUAAAAACGAUCACCAAUUCAUUCAAAAACACUUUGAAUUUAGUCGAACUAAAACUGGUGGUGCUGUCAUAGAGUUUAAUUCUGCCGAUAGUAAAAGUCUGCUAUGUUACUUGGUCUACAAAGAUUUAGAGUGUAAUGAGACUAGAUGCAUAUACCUAGACGUGCCAAAUUCAAGAUUUUUCAGAUACAUCAAGUGUUGUGAUGGUAUGCUAUGCCUGAUUGUUUGCAAGGAUGAUAUAAAUGGAAUUGAGGGUGAUUCGACUGUUGAUGUUUUCAUAUUGAAUCCAUCCACUAUGGAAAUUAUGGCCUUACCUUCAAUUAAGGUGCCAAACAAACUACCCAACAAAUCACCUGUAGGUAUGCGGUUUGGAUUUGGGUUGUCUAAUAAUAUGGUCGGGAAGGUUAUCAUGCUUUUGAGUUUUGAAGAUGUAAAGUCGAAUUGUGAUGAUUAUGAAAUUGUAAUGGUUUGUAGCCAAGUAGAUGAUUCAUGGAAUUGGAGGCAAGUAGAUGUUCCACAAGCUCUUAAAUAUUUACUUCCGUCUGCAUAUUUUGGUGAUUUUUAUUUCAAAGGAAAAUACUAUUGGUACGGUUUGCCUGGAUUGAUUUGGUUUGACAUGGAUGAUGAGGUUUUUGGUAUGAUUAAUACUCCAUUUGAAUUGAAAAUUAAUUUCUUUACGUUUACGAAUGAAACCAUUGUGUGUGUUAGUCAACCCAUUCUUCCCCCCGAUGAACAGGGUAAGGUUUAUUUUGACAUUUGGUUAAUGGAGGAAAAUAAUAAUAUUUUUAAUUGGCAUAAACAAACAAGGAUACUCUUCCAUAGCAUGGGUGAACAGUGGAUGCCAGUAGGAAUUUGGAAUCCAAGUGGCCAUUUACUAAUGCUUGUGAGCUAUUUGAAUCCGGACUUCUUCAUGAGAGAUGAGAUUGAAGAUAUUGAAGACAGUGAUGUUCCUUUUUUCAAGAACGGGCCGGAUCUAAUUUCUAUAGAUUUGGUAACUCAAGAAAAGAAGAUUAUUUAUACAAGUCAAGAAAAAAAGAGUGCCAUUAAUAUUGUUUUGAAUUCAAGUGGGGAUGUUCAAGUUUGCAAGAAUGUUAUUAAAGCUCCAGAGUGGAAUGAGAGUAAUAUUUUUUGGCAUGCGGGAGCAUAUUCUCAAGUUUUUUAUGAGAGUUUGAAAUUUCUUUAA